AUGGAAUCUUUUUUUCGCCGUAUGUCAUCAAUCGUUAGAAGAAAUAGUAAUAAAUCUUCUGAUGUAGAUGAACAUGAUGAAGAAGAUAACGAACAGCAACAACAACGUUUUCGACAAAUGCGAGAACGUCGACUUUCAGCACCUGAUAUUCGUCGACGUGCAAUGCCAGUUGAUCGAAUUUCAUCAGAAUUUGAUCAAAAAGCUACAUUAUUCGAACAAACGAAUUCUCCAAAACUGAUGACACGAACUAAUACUAAUAUUGUUACUCGUAAAAACUAUAGAUCUGCAGUAAAUUGUAGUAAAACAAGAAAAUUUCUCUCUUAA